CAGUUCAGCGACAGUACGCAAGCCAGUUAGUCACUGGUGUCGAAUCGACAAUAUUGCUUUAGAAAAGAUGACGUAGAUACUUCUUUGUGAUUUUAUCGAUUAACGCAAGCAACAUAAUUAUUAUGGAGUUUGCACUGAAAGUAAUCACCGUGAUUGCGAUUUACAUUUGCCCGACUGGUGAGUACCUAUAUUCUACCUACCUUCUAUCUACCAAUAAUUCAUUUACUAACAAGACUCACAUUGUUUUAAUAAAAAUUAAUAUAACAAAAAUAUUAUAAUAUGUAUUUUUUAGGCAUAGCAAAUAAUAUUAAUUAAAAAUAAUAUAAAUAAUAAUGAAGUUAUAAAAAUCAUAUUGUAUUCAACAUAUUUUAAAACAUUGUGGAAUUUGAAGCUUAUUCAAACGAACUAGGUACGAGUUUACUAAAACGCCAUGCAAUUUUAUUGAAAUUAAAGAAACAAAAUAUCAAUAGAAGGGCAAUGGUUCUGUUUUUGGACACUUUCUUAAAAUACAAUUAGAUAUUUUAAUAUUAUCUGCGAUUAUUUUUGUAGGUUUGUAGAUAUUCAAAAACAAAUCUAAGUAUAGAGUUUAGAAUAUUCAGAUUUAAACACUUACUUAAUUUCUCUCUCUCUUUCUCUCUCUCUCUCUCUCUCUGUCUCUCUCUCUCUCUCUCUCUCUCUCUCUCUCUCUCUCUCUCUCUGUCUCUCUUUCUCUCUCUCUCAAUUUACUAAACGCGUUUUUAUAUUUACGGAGCAUAAUAUUACAUAGCUAAUAAUGGACCAUGUGUGUUCGAUUUCCUGUUUAUGAGAUUAUUUUGAAUACCCAAAUCACAAAUUCAGAGCCAGUAUACUGAUAUACUUAAACAUGUUUAUUGAUGAACAUACGUAGUUCUCAUAAUAAUAUAGUUGCUAUAAAGUUUGGAAAACAAAAUAUAUUUCCAGGUUAGGAUUUAUAUUUCUGUAUGCUUGGUCCACCAAUUUUCUGCAAAAAGUGUCGUGUCGAAAGUAACAAAGUUAUCUAUUUCUUCUCAAUAAGUAUAUUUAUACAGUGAAUUAUUUAUAAUUUUAUUAUUCUUUUAAAAAAAUACAAAUUUAAUUUAAUACAUUUUUUAAAUACUUUAUAAUGUAACUACUACUCACAUAAUUACAAUAUAAGUAGGUCUGCAUUUUUAUGAUACAUUAAACAGAUAUUUAAAGUGAAAUUUAAGUCCCAAGAACUCUUUUCAAUCACGAUCAUUAAUUUACGAUUAAUAUUUUAGAUUCGAAGAAGAGCGAAGAAGCUUAUAGUUUUACAAAGAUGUUUAUUUUUUUUUUUAUCUGUGUGCAACUUUUUUACCAGAAGACUUGUUUGGAUUUCUACGUGUAGUGCCUUUUUUGAAAGGAAAUUGGCGUGGGAAGGUACUUUAAGGGACGUCAUUUUUAGAUUUUCUCAAGAGUUUUCCCAGAAAAUGUAAAAACCGAAAAAAUAGUAGGAAAAUUGGGAAAAUUGAUACAUACAACAUUAAACAAAUUUUACUAAAGAAAAUAUAUAAAGCCUAUUUAAUUAUUUUUCUAUAAAAUGACAUAUAUAUUCUGAACUCCGCUCAGAAUUGUUUCUUCGUAAGCAAUGGUUUAUUGUUACUUACAUAUAUACAUUAUAUUCCCGUCUAUAUCCUACCUUCCCAACUUUCUACCUACACCAGUAUCUGCACCCGUCUCCAUUAUCUUAUCUAUCUUUUCUUUUUUUUUAAUUUCGAUUGAAUUUGAUUAAGACAUGUAGAUAUGCAACCAAAAAAUUAUCAUUAUGUCCAGACAAGUUAUUAUUCUAAUGAGUAAUGUGGUUGUUUUUCAAUUUCAUUUUAUCAAGAAACUUGCUUUGGAUAACUAAAUAUUUUUCUUUGCUUAAAUUUCUUUUUAUAGGUAGGUACUUUAGGAGAAAUUGAUAAUAAAUCGUAACGAGCACGCAUAGUUGAAUAAAAGUGAAAUCAGUGAAACCGAUUUCAAAUAAUAAUUUGUGACAAUUCAUAAACUCUGGAAAAUAUAAAACACGAUCAAAUCAGUUUCAAAGUCAAUAGUUUUUUUCGUUGAGCCUAUUUUUUUAAUGAAAACAUUUUUUUUUUUAGAAUUGUUCAUUUGUUAAGCCGAAAAUUUAAGUUAUUAUAUUGCGAUUUGCGAUUAAUAUUUGCCCUAUUGUGAAAGCGUAACAUUUCAAUUCAUCUUUUUAAAUGUCGAAUAUACAAUAUAUACCACAUGGUCUACAAUCACUCCCCACAAUACCUUCUUACACGUCGUUAUGUAAUUAUAAUUCACCUCAAGCUAUAACACAAUACAAAUUUGUCUGUGGAGUUUUUAAUAAAUAUAUGUGCUAAGGUCGCUUAAGAACGUUGAACCUGCAGUAAACAUUCUCAGGAAAUUGUGUGGACACCAUUCCAACUAAUUUUAAAAUAACCAUGUGUGUGUAUUACUAUAUAUAUUAUAAUAUUAUUUAUAACUCGAAUUUAAACUAAGUUAAUAUAUAAUUAUGAGGAAUUUUGAGCAAUUAUUCAAAAGACAAUGUAAAGUAAAAAGGAUGGCAUACUCCGCGAUAGGAUACCUAACCUAACGAUAAACCAUUGCUAACGAAAAAACGAUUCAGAGCGAAAUUCAGUUGAUAGCGAUGAUGCUUUGUCAACAAUUUAUAUGUCAUAUUGUGAUAAAAUAACUAAAUAGGAAUUAUAUUUUUUCUUUCAUAAUAUUUGUUUAAUAUUCUACCGAUUUUCCGGUUUUGCCUUCGUUUUUCCCGGUUUUCCCAUGUUUUUUCCUAGUUUUUCAUAUUUGUUAUAUUUUUGUUUACAGUAGUUUAUAGUUGCUUUAUAUAGAUAUAAAUUAAAUUACUGCAUAUAUUCUACCUUCCAAACUUGCAAUCUACAACAUUGAUGAUGCACCCAUAAACAGUAUUAGCUCUUUUUUUUUUUAUUGUUAAAUAUAAUAGUUUAUUAAAAAUACAAAAAUUUACUCAGCUUUAUUUAGUUUUUGAAUGUUUGUAAAAAUAUAUUCGUUUACCAAAAUUAUUAUUGCACUCAAUAUAAUAUUUAUGACUUGUUAUAAAUUUGUCUAGAAAAGAUUAUAGUUUUUCAAUUCAGAAAAAAAAAGUUACAAACAGAAUAUAUUAAUAAUAUAAAAACUGGAAUAGCGAAUUUAGCAUUUGUUUCUUUUAUUUCUUAUAAUCUUGUCUUUAAAAUUAUUGUGAAAAUCGAAAAAUGAAAGCCUGUAUAUAGUGCAAUAUCUAUAUUCUAUAUGAUUAUUUACUUGUCUAUUAAGAUAGAUAAUUUUUUAGAAAAAAAAAUCAAGAAAUCAAAAUUAUGAAUUCGAUUACACAAUAUUGAUAAGCGACAUACGGGAUUAUUAGAACAGUAAUAAUUUUUAGAAUGAGGAGUAGCAAAGGGAGGAUUAAUUCUGAAGUUAAAAGAGGGUACUUUAAGGUCAAUUUUUUGUGACAAUUCAAGGCAGUCAAUGACACCAUUCAAGAUCUUAUACAUAAAAGAUAUAUCAUAUUCUAAUCUACUAAUUUUUAAAGACUAGAUUAUAUUCAUAUAUAUUUGAUAAUAAUAAUUUAAUUUGAAACUAUUGUAUUAAAUUCCAGCUAUGUAGUUUGUUAUAGGUUAUAGGGUACCUAUAUCUAACACAAUUAUUUUAUAUUAUUAUUAAUAUACAAAUAAACGAGUUAUAACCAAAAAAUAAUCUUGGCACUUAGUACCUACUUACAAACCGUUUAAUGUGUUAACAUAAUAAUUUCAAUUUAAUCAUUUACUUCGGAUUAAUGUGAUGUCUAAUUUCGAAUGUUUGAUACAAUACUUUCAGUGAUAUGUGCAGAUCCUACUAAUGAAACUCCUUUUACUUGCCCAGAAGUCGGUGGAAAUGGAAACUAUGCCGAUCCAGCCACGUGUCGUCGAUUUUAUCAAGUAUUUGUCACUAUUUCUAAUUAUUAUGUAAUUCAUUUUUUUACAGAAUGUAUAUUUUUUCAGUGUGUUGAUAAUUUUCCAUAUUUGAACCGUUGCCCGGCGGGUUUAUACUUUGACGAUGUUAAUAAGCUGUGUACGUUCAAAAACGAAGCCCGUUGUGGACCUCUUCCCACGAGUAAGAUUAUUAUAAAAAAUAUAAAUGAGAUGUGGAACAUAGGUCACUUAUAUGACUUUAUUUUAUUUAGCUGAAGCGCCAAGUACAGAAAAUCCUGUCGACUUAGCACAAAAAUGUGAUACAAGUCAGUGUAUAUUACCUUAUUGUUUUUGUUCGAGAGACGGAACCUUAAUACCAGGUGGAUUGGAUCCAAAAGAGGUUGGUGCCUACUUUUUAUUACCGUUGUAUGAAAACAUAUUUUUGCUCCUGUUUUAAUUUUUAAACAUUUCAAUAGACACCUCAAAUGAUACUGUUGACAUUUGAUGGAGCAGUGAACCAAAAUAAUUACGAUCAUUAUCAAAAAGUGUUUUCCCAUAAUAAGAAAAAUCCUAAUGGAUGUCUUAUUAAGGGAACGUUUUUUAUAUCGCACGAAUACUGCGAUUAUAACAUGGUACAAGAACUUGCACAUAAAGGUCACGAGAUUGCCGUAGAAACCGUUUCGUAAGUACACUUUGUAGGGUUAAGUUUUGUAUUUAAGUUACAUAAAUAAAUCAAUCCUUACAAGGAAAAACUUCUAAUUAAAUUAUAUGUUUAUAGGUUACAAAAAGGGCUACACGACAAAGGAUACGAAGAAUGGGUCGCCGAAAUGAUUGGAAUGAGAGAGAUUCUCGUGAACUUCGCAAAUUUAACGAAAAGCGAUAUAGUUGGUAUGAGAGCACCCUUCUUGAAACCUGGACGAAACACCCAAUACGAGGUAUUAAUUAUUAUAUACAUUAAACGGUUAAAAUAAAUUAAUUUAUUAUUUUUACGAAUUAUAUUUUCUAUUAGAAAUAUUGCUUUAAUCAAAAAACGAUAAGAAAUCUUUUUUGUUGAAUUUUUAAUUUAUUUGGUGGGUAAGAAAGUCGUUUUUUGAUUUCAUUAUAGUUUUUCAAUAAUUUAACAAAACCGAAAAAAACUUUAAAAAAACGGGACAUCGUUUUUCAUUAGAAAUAGUUUAUAGUUGUUUAUCGAUGUAAAUUAAAUAACUUAAUGCAUCCUAACUUCUCAGCUUCUCAUCCUCAAGUGACACACCCGUCCCUAGUAUCAGCUGUUUUUUUUUUAUUUACUUAUCAUAAUAAUUAAUUUAUAAUAAAAAACGUCUGCAUUAUGAUGAAAUAUUUUUAAAUUAUUGUAUAACUUCAGAAGCUUCGCCAUUAACUGUUAAUUUAAUAAUAAUAAUACACUUCUUUUUUCUUUUUAUAUAAGUUUUUUUUAGUUAUAAUCAUAGCUCAACAGCAUAAUAAUAUACUUUAUUGCAAAAAAACAAAACAAUGCAGAAAAUGUAUAUGAAUUACCAAUGGAAUAAAAUAUUGCAGAGCCCCCUAAAAGCAUAGCUUGUACCGGGGGAGCGAGUUCUUAUCACUUUUAUAAUACAUAAAAUCUAAAAACAAUAAGUUGUUCAUAAUAAUAUUAUACAAUAAAUAUAAAUACAUUUCACUUUAUUAAAAACGUUAAACCUUCUUAUAAAUUCAUUAUCUUCGAUAAAUUUAAGUAUUUCAAAAUUUGAAAAUGUUUUAAAAUAUUUUAAAUUUUCAAAUUGAUUUAUGUUAAUAUUUAAUAAACGACAUAAAUCAAGACCAGUAUACAACAUUAUAACAGCAUGAGUGAUUCCAAUCGAACUUGUAUCUUAGUCAUGUUUAUACAUGAGCUAAUUUAGAAAACACUCUUUUCCAAGAAAAACUUGUCACGGAGUAAAUAGGAUAAAGAUAUAGUAAAUAGCAUAUUUUUUAGAAGAUAAUUUUAUCUAUUUUGUGUGUGAGAAAGUCGUUGUUUGAUGUUCCGUAUAGUUUCCCUAAUACUUACGAAAAACUAAGUAAAAAUGUAGAAAAUACAGCAAAAUGUAUAGAAUUUGGUUUGUCUGUUUUUAUUCGGUUAAAAAUUAUUAUAGAAACCUGUAAUUUUCACAAAAUACUCAUAUUGGCGUUUUGUUGACGUAGUAAAAUUAUCGAAACAUUCUAGCUAUUAUUGGGCUAUAAUAUAUUUAUAGGUAUUUGUUAUUAAAAUUAUAUGACUUAAAAUAAAUACUUGAAGAUUUAACACAAGGUACAUUAUAAGUUUUACUAGUGGUUUAAAAAAGCAAUUUGAGUUGAAUGCAUUCGAUUUUUUUUCUAAGCGUUUUAAAAUCAAAUUUUAAUGAAAAUCAUAAAAAUUGUUCAAAAUACGUCAUACUUUUUCGUUAGCAAUAGUUUAUCGUUACUUAUAGAUAUAAAUUAAAUAACUUUAUGUAUACUACCUUACCAACUUCCCACCUACAAGAAUAUCUGCACCCAUCCCCAGUAUCAGCUCUUUUAUUUAUUGUUAUAGAUUGUUUAGUGUAUUAGUAUUUAAACAUAAAAAUAAUAAUAAUGCAUUUCAUUUUAGAAUUAAAACGUUUCUAUUAUAGCUAAUAAAUGAUAAAACAAAAUGUAUCGUUAAAACGAAUGCUUCAUACGAGAUUCUUUAUAUUUUUAUAAUGUAUAACUUAAUACAAUAUAACUUAUUAUAUGUAUAUUUUAAAUAUUAAGUAACCUUUCUCUUUUUUUUUAAUACGUAUCUGUGAAUUAUUUUUCGGCAUGUAUUAUUAAUGCUCGUUCUUUUAUUUUUACACAACAUUUGAACUUUUAAUAAAUCUCUAACCACAUUGACACUGACGUAUUUCACAAUAACAUGCUAUGCACACUUCAUUCAUUUUAAAACACGUUUUUUUAUAUAAGUUAUUGUUUUUUUUUUUUUUUUUAUUAUUGUAUGUAAUCUAUCCUCCUUCCAUUUACCAUUACUAAUUAUAAUUGAUACAUGAAUUUGUAUAGAUUAUGAUAACAUGAUAAACUACACUCGCGUAAAAAUUUCAUUAUGUCUCAUUUCCUACUUAUAUUUUGCUAACGGAAUGGGUUCAAAUUUAUGGCCGGCCUUAGUUUUUACGUGGUCCUGGACAAAAUCAUUUUGCCUGACUUUUUUUUUAAUUUGAAUAUAACAUGUUCCUAUAUUUUCAUUAUUAAUAAUAUUAUACUACCUCCCCUCCACAAUUAUUCAUACCUUAAUAUAAUAUUGUAAACUAUUAUUUUCUAAAUAUUGUAAAAAUUUUUCAACAAGACGACAAUAGCAAACUUCCGUUAAAAGUCAAAAGCCAAAUUACCGUAUUAUCAAGAUCAUUAUAUUUGUAUAUUAUAUUCAAAUUUCACGUACAACGAAAUGUUAUAAGAUACUUUUAGCAUCGAUUAUUAUUGUUACUGUUGUUGACCAUAACGCUAUUUUUAGAUUUAAUAUUUUUAUGAAUAUUAUUAUGUAAUAUGUACUUGUACAAUAUACAAUAAAUAUAUACUAUUUGUAUUAUAAACUUAAUUAGCCUGUAUGAACCUAUAACUGUAAUAAUUACAGUUAUACAAUAAUAGUACAAUUAUUGUACUAUUUCAACUGUAAUAUAUUUAAAUACCUACUCGAUAAUAUUUAUCUACUUUAAAUCUAUUUAUUAGUCAAUAUUAUUUAUAAACACGAAAGAGUUGAGAAAUAUAAGUAUAACUUUCCAUUUGAGAUAAUUAUUAAUUAUUGUUUUUUAAAUGUAUCCUAGGUAAUUGAAGAUUACGGUUUUGUUUAUGACAGUUCAAUUGGUAUCCCUCCUUCUAGGGUACCGAUAUGGCCGUACUCUCUAGACUACAAGAUUCCACACGAAUGCAAGUCGGGAACUUGCCCUACCAAAUCGUUUAAAGGUAAAUUUCCCACAAAUAUAUAUAUAUAUAUAUAUAUAAACAUAUAUAAAUAAAUUUAAGUUUUAAAUUUUUAAAGUUCUUUUAAAUAUAAAAUUUUUCAAAUUCAAAUUUAUAGGUACAUGGGAAGUUCCUUUAAACGCCCAUUACGUUGAAACAUACGAAGGUGGUCACUGUCCGUACUUAGACCAAUGCGUAUUGCAUAGCCAUGAUGCCACCGAAGUGUUUGAGUGGCUCCGUGAAGACUUUAACAGGUAUUAUAAUCAAAAUCGGGCGCCAUAUAUGAUGCCAUUCCAUACCAACUGGUUCCAAAUUAAAGAACUGGCCGACGGACUGCAUAAAUUCGUCGACUGGGCUAACAAACAGUAAGCGAAUUCAUUUUAUUGCCGAUAACGAAACUCGGAACUAUAAACAUGGAAAUAUAUAUAUUUACAUCAUACAUACUAUGUAAUUUUUUUUUAGACCAGACGUGUGGUUCGUUACAACUACACAAGCGUUGACGUGGAUGACCGAUCCGAAAACCACCAAGGAUUUGUCCAGUUUUGAGCCAUGGAUGUGUGACAAGCCGGAUCAGCUGCCAUCACCGCCAUGUAAUUUGCCCAACAAAUGUCCCUUAUCAUUCAAGCACCCGGAAACCAAUAUAUCUGGGACAAGGUAAUAUUAAUUAUUCAAACAUAAUUUUGUUAACGUCAAUAAUUAAACAAUUUAGAUUUUCAAAAAAAUACAAUUUGAAUAAUUUCAGGUAUUUGUCAACGUGUAGAGAAUGUCCGAGGAAAUAUCCGUGGCUGGGUGAUUCGAAAGGAACCGGAGUUGCCGGAGCCGACGUAUACACUCCAGAAAACUUAAAAAAGAAAUAAUUUAAGAUUUACAUUUUAUCAUCUUUUUAUACCAUUAUAGAAUCCAAAAGUAUUUAUUAUUUUCUUUCGAUAAAAUUAUUCCCCAAUCAAUUUAAUUGGGUUUAUUUUAAAUUUAAAUUAUUCAAUAUAAUUAUACAAAUAUUAUGUUAAAUUUAAAUUAGGUACAUUUAUCUUCAGUAUUAUUUAAUUUUACAACACUUACAUGAAUUUACAAUAUGCCAUAUUGGUACCUAAUAAUGAGACAAAUAAAUAAUAUAAUCGUAGAACUAAAAUAUUAUAAUAAUAUAUGCAUGACACCUACUCGUAAUAAUGUUUGACAUGGUAACAACAUAUUAUUACACAAGUUAAUAUGUUGAAAUGAGAGUUGUUUUUUUGAUAUCAAAACUAGUUUUCAUAAUAAUUGUGAAAAAUAAAAAAAAUACAAUUUUUAUAUUAUGGCU